AUGGCCAAUCCAGUUCCGACCUUCAAGCUCGUUCUCGUCGGGGAUGGUGGCACCGGAAAGGUAUCUCCCCCUCCUUUGCUUCUGCUCCUUUACUUUCCAUCCUGAUAUUUCCGAAUUUUUCCUCCUCCCGCUUCGACCACAUGGCAAUAGCUUGGGCUGAGAAAUGCCUUUGUGUCACGAUAAAAAGAUUUGAGCUUUUGCUGGAGAGUAUUGGUUUGCUAAUGUAUUUUCGUGAAGACCACCUUCGUUAAGCGUCAUUUGACUGGCGAGUUCGAAAAAAAAUAUAUCGCCACUCUCGGUGUGGAGGUCCAGUAUGUUCCCCGUUUAACGGAGUACCUUUCCGAGCUUGUUUUUACGCAGUUUAUCCCGACAAGUUUUUGUCGUUAUUGUUUUUUUUUUUUUUUUUUUUUUGGCUAACUUUUCCGCCUUUCGCCUCUCAGCCCUCUUGGAUUUUUUACCAACUUUGGUGAACUCAAGUUCGAUGUUUGGGAUACCGCUGGUCAAGAGAAGUUUGGUGGGCUGAGAGAUGGAUACUACAUCAACGGUCAAUGCGGUAUCAUCAUGUUCGACGUCACUUCUAGAAUUACCUACAAGAACGUUCCCAACUGGCACCGUGCGUGACAACAACCCCGGGGUAUAUAAUUACCUUAUUCGGCAUAGGAGCUAACACUGGUAUCAAAUCCAAUAGGUGAUCUCGUCCGUGUUUGUGAGAAUAUUCCUAUCGUUCUUACCGGAAACAAGGUCGACGUUAAGGAGCGCAAGGUUAAAGCCAAGACCAUAACCUUCCAUCGCAAGAAGAACCUUCAGUACUACGAUAUCUCUGCCAAGUCGAACUACAACUUUGAAAAGCCUUUCUUGUGGUUGGCCAGGAAGCUCGUUGGGAACCCGACUCUUGAGUUCGUUGCGUCCCCAGCUUUGGCUCCCCCUGAGGUCACUGUCGAUACAGAGGUGUUGGCAGCCUACCAGCGGGAGAUGGAGGAUGCUGCACAGCACCCUCUUCCUGAUGAAGAUGAUACGUAUGUGUACCGCAUCUAUGACGCUAGCAUUGGAGGAACCGAAACUAACUAG